UCUCGUGUGUUAGAUCCCCUGAGUAUUUGAUAAACUAACUGUCGAAUCCCGAAUAAAAGUCAAUGACGUUAACAGARCUUUGAUUUGGGAGAUCUACACUAGAGUUAUGCCUAGUUAAAGAUAUGAAGAUCUUGAUGGAUAAUAAGUUAUAAUGGGGACAAGAAGCUUAGGUAUUUUAUUUAUUGUUGCUGCAGCAAUACUGACCAAGGUCGAAGGUGAUGGAGYUAUAAGUUUUGUGGAUAGCAAAAUUUAUGUGGACGAAAGCUCAGGAAAUGCAGUCUUAAAAGUGAAAAGAACUGGUGGAAGUUCUGGAGAGAUUCUUUUUUCAUGUCAGAUAACUAAUGGCACUGCUCUAGAAGACUUUAAAAACAAAGAUACUGCAUCGAAGUUUAGUAAUGGUGACACUGCCGAAAAGGAGUGUGUUUUCACCAUCAUAGAUGAUUCUAUUCCUGAAGGAAAUGAAACAUUCAUUGUUACGCUUGCUAAGUUUAGUGAUGGUAAUGGUGUUCUUGGAAAUCCCAAAGAGGCAACUAUUACUAUCCUGGCAAAUGACAAAGCAUAUGGUGUCAUUGGUUUUUCAAAGGGUGGAACAAUAGACAUCCAAGAACUGGCAAGUAACUCUUCACAGAACAUUGAGCUACUWCGCUCUAUUGGGAACUACGGGGCUGUCUCAGUURACUGGCAGAUAGUCUCUGGACCUAAUAAYGGAGCAAAUGACUUUGURGCGACAAAAGGCACAGUUAGCUUUGUUGAUGGACAAAAGUCUGCAGAUAUCACACUUCAAGUGAAACCAGAUAAUGAACCAGAAAACGACGAAGUCUUCACUAUUCGUCUGACCUCCUCACAAGGAGGGGCUGAACUGAACAGCAGCUUUAGGGACCUACAAAUUCGGAUCCCUGYCAAUGACGCGCCUGUGCGUUUUCCAGUCACCCACAUCGAAGUCCGAGAAAACCAAACUACCUUACAAGUUCAGGUUAAUAGAGGCCUUCAAAUUGAUGGAAUCACUACGAUUGGUAAUAUCAACAGUGCAGUUGAUAUCAAUUGGUACCUUAUUCCAGUAAAUGCGCAUUCUGGAAAAGACUUUCAGAACAAAAAUGGAACUAUUAWCUUUGCGUCUGGAAAAACUAAAUCAUUUAUUGAUGUAAAAAUCAUCAACGAUAAURCACCAGAGCUUGCGGAGAACUUCACUAUCCAUCUAAAAWCUACCUCACCGUCUGUGUACAUUAUCCCGGAUGGSGUUGCCACGGUUACUAUCCUACCUAACGACGACCAACACGGUGUAUUUAUAUUUGGGUCGUUUCCUCGUUUUCUCGACGAAGAUAACACAAACACUGGUACUUUUGUAGUCAAUAGAACAGCUGGGACUUUUGGAAGCGUUUCUGUCUCAUGGGCUAUCGUUGCUGGAAGUGGAGCCAGUUUAGCAAACGUCUUCAUCACAACAUCGGGACUUCUGAAUUUCAAUUCUGGGGAUAACAUSAAAACYAUAAAUGUAGUCGUAAAAAAAGAUAGUAUUCCAGAAGAGGCAGCRGAAUUCUAUGUUCAGUUGUCUAAUCCUACCGGGGGAAGUAGACUUGCGAACACGAUCGACGCGCGAAGAGCUGUUUUCUACGUGAAGGAUAGCGAUGAUGCAUAUGGCGUUGUAGACUUCGCWGGCUCAAGUUACCAACAUAUUAUCAGGGACAAAUCCCCACGAAUACUUAGCCUAACACUUAAUCGUACUGGAGGAACUUUACGYUCAAUAUCGGUGAAUUAUACUGUAGAAUACUAUCUUCCCGGUUCUAACGUUCCCAGUAAUUCACUUGGAUUGACUCCUAAUGGUCAAGUCGGUCUCGCAGCGGGACAAACUAAUGCAACAUUCACUGUUACUAUUCCGUCUGACGGGUUUAUUAAACUGGGAUCUGUGUUUAAAGUUGUGUUGAAUAAUGUCAAGUUAGAAGGAGUCGCUCCUAAGGUCGCUCCAUCAACACCGAGGUUCGGACCCAACAAUAUUCUCUACCUCAACAUCUCAACUUCAAAAGCUGACGGUGAAAUUGGCUUCGCAAAAUUCCACCAGACAUUAACUGUACAAGAACCCAGCGGUCUUUCYCCACGAAUGGUUGAAUUACAAGUACUAAGAGAUGGGACUGCAGAAGGAGUAACUGUUGAUUGGUCUCUCAAAAAGAGUAGCGGGGACUUCACGGCUGCGGAUGCUGGACCGUCCAGUGGGACUAUUAACUUUAAAAAAGGCCAGCAAAUAGAAAAUCUUACRAUCUACAUCAACCACGAUAAUCUACCAGAGCUUGACGAAGUUUUCACUGUUACUCUAAGUAACGUUUCCUCGCCAAACAAGCUACAAACUGGAAUGGAAACUGCAACAAUUACUAUYGYCAAAAACGACAAUCCAGGAGGAACGUUUGUCUUUGGAAAUACAACUCCUUUAUUCCUUAAAGAAGGUGGYGACUUCUCAUUUGAUGUCAUUCGACUUGGUAGUGCACUUGACAAGCGCCAAGUGGCCGUAAAAAUCAUUCCAAAUGAUGCUGACUUCACUGGUGCGACUGGCGCAUUAAUCUUAACCUUCAAAGCUAACGAGUUCAAGAAACAGAAAAUCCUUUUUGUGAAAAAAGAUAAUACUCCCGAGGUAAUGAUUGUAAUGAUCAUUAUGACCCUUAUGACGUUGGCGAAUUGCACCAUGGGAUUGUUGUUAGCUCGUGAUUCUGGUGUUUCAGGAUUUGACGUCUUGAUUUUAUCAGAUGAAGCCAGGGGCAAGAACACAUCUGUUAUCUUCACUGUCAACCGUAACGAUGGAACUUUUGGUAGUACAGAUGUAUCGUGGGAAGUGUUGAGUGUCAAUCCAACUCCUGGUUUAGAUAUCCACCCUUCACAAGGCGUGAUCAACUUCAACGAGGGAGACAAAACCAAACCGCUUGAGAUUUUUGUGCUCAAUGACGUGAUCCCAGAAGGAAAYGAAACCUUUAUCAUCAGACUCAAAACCAUAACUGGCAAAGCUCGAUUUGGCUCUCAACUCAACGCCACUCUCAUCAUUAACAASAAYGACGAYCCAGUUUUYUUCGACUCGCCCACACUCGUCAACGUCACUGAAGGCCAGGUCGCUAACCUCACRAUAAGUCGCGGCGGCGAUAGACUGGACUCUAUAACAGUGACGUAUAAAACUUUCGACGGUACUGCGAUGACGUCAGACUCGGAUUACGUUGCAGUUGAUGGGAAGGUUGUGUUUGGUGUAGGAGAGAAGACAAAGAGGAUAUCGAUAGUGACUCGCGACGACAACAAACCAGAGGGACUGGAGUACUUUACUGUCAAGCUUAUGAACUCUAGUGGUGACACUGUCAUUCAAAAUGACGUUGCUAGGGUUACUAUAUAUGCGAGUGACACUGGGACGGGAGUGUUCCAGUUUGUUGAAAGUUACGUCAAUAACACAGUAUCUGAGUCGGGAUCCGUUAGUUUUGAAGUAUCACGAUUAAUUGCUCAACACGGUAAAGUUCAUUUACAUUACCAAAUCCUUCAAGUACUAUCCAAUGGCAGUCUCAGUUCCCUUCCACAAGGAGUCGAUUUCAAUCCUCCAUCAGGAUUCAUCGAGUUCAAAGAUGGACAACAAAAAGGGACGAUUACAAUUAACCCUUUUGACGACAAACUAGCUGAGAUGAAUGAAACUUUUGCAGUGCAAAUUGUCAACGCCACAGGUAUUGGYACGGGAGAAAAUGGUCGUCUUGGUAACAUAACAGUACAGUACUUCACAGUUUUACCAAACGACGAUCCUUAUGGAGUGUUUCGUUUYGAUGACUCUUCGAUUGAUAUCCAGAUWCCUGAAGACUAUCUUCCUGGUAAAGUCAACACCACAGAGAAGGAAAUUAUUGUAGUCAGAGAUCAGGGACUUUGGGGAACUACUCAGGUUCUGUGGGAAAUCUCCUCGGCAGACAACAACAUCAAACAAGAAGAGCARUUCGAUCUGUUGUUCUUGAGUGAUUUUGGAUCCGGUGUCGUCAAUGAACCCAGCAAAAGACGGAAGAGCACUGGGACUAAUGUGUCAUGCUUUAGUAGCGCUCGGUCAGGUUCAUAUGCAACUGUUUCAUUAUUUGGAGGGCAAACAUUGGAUGAGUUCAGUAUGAGUGCUUGGCUGCAACCGGACAAGCAAUCUCUUGGUUAUCUUCUUUCYUAUGGUUUAAAUGGUGUAGUGGAACUUGAGAUCGCUAUCAAUACAACUGGAUCGACUUCAUCUGUAUUCCUUUCGCUUUUUGAUGGUAAUGUAACUGUCGACCUCGGAAGGGACAUCUCGGAUGGMAACUGGCAUGAAAUCGUCCUCAAUAUGAAACUAGCUAACAAGGAGGUGAUAUUCUAUAUCGAUGGAACAAAAACCAGAACGUGGAGCUCAUUUUCCGGACGAUCCCUUACCGGAGGCGGUGUUUUCACUGUUGGUAGCUCUGAUUCAAGCAAGUCRAGCUACAMAGGAUGYGUCCAGGAYAUUAGAGUCUACAAGGCGAUUCUUGAAGACAGUAAAGUGMAAGAGAUGUUUGUCACAAUUCUCGACUUGACCCCCAUUAAUGGGUAUCUGACAUUUCCAAAUAAUGUCGAAAAACAAGGUAUUGUGAUCAAAUCCGUCGACGACUUAAAACCUGAAGAUCAAGAGAAAUUCAGGAUGGGUUUGAUUACUGCUAAAGGAGGUGCUCGUUUGGAUGAGAACAAAGCUUCUACGACGCUAACAGUUCUCAAGAGUGACAAUGCUAAUGGCUUGUUUGGCUUCGAGUCCAGUAAUCCCAUAUCCAUGACAGAGACAAGCAAUAGGAGYCUUACCAUAGAGAGAAAGAAAGGCACAUCUGGUCAAGUCAAUGUUAAGUGGAGUAUCUAUAAAUACUCUCCUAGUGGUUUGCAGUUAGCGUCUGMSGAUUUCACGAAAUCUCAAGGAACUGUUGUAUUCAGCGAUGGCGAUUCACAGGAAAUAUUUUAUAUUAAACCAAAAGACGAUCAACUCCCAGAGCUGGACGAACAAUUUGUUCUCAARCUAGACUCAGCGACUUCAAAAGACGGGAAAAAGAACAGCACGCCAACAAGUGGAGCCAGUAUUGAACCSAAYUUCACAGAGAUMAACAUUACUGUUGUGAAGAAUGACUAUCCUUACGGUUUAUUCCAGUUUAUGGACGCUGUGCCUCMUGGGAAYGCCACCAUUCCCCCUGCUGUGGAAGCAUAUCAUAAAGAUGUCCGAGAAAGCUCGGGUACUUUUGAUCUUGUUGUAGGUCGUGCACAGGGAACUGAAGGCUUUGUUGUAAAGCUCGUCAACGUAUCCAAAGGGCGCCUCGCCACAACUGGUAUAACCUCCAACAUCACCAUCCAAGCAAGUGACCACCCUUAUGGAGUAUUCCAGUUCAGCCGCACAGUUCUUUCCACAUCAGAACAAAACAAAACUCUAUCUCUAACUGUUAAAAGAAAUGGCGGCUCCUAUGGAAUCGUUAGGGUUUACUAYAAGACACACAACUUUGGUGAUUCAGUGGGUAAUUUUAARCAAACUGCAAGGCCAGGAGAAGAUUUUGAAGCACUGUCRAGCAGUUUGGAGUUUGCYGAAGGAGUUAAGAAUGCCACCAUUAGAUUGAAUGUACUGGAGGACGAUAUUCCUGAAGAUACAGAAACUGUUUUAGUCAGUUUGACCAAAGUUGAGAUAGUGAAGCAUUCUUCUGUUGUCCCAGUACCAGUCAACUCUCCCGUACUUGGCAGCGAUAGCCUGGCUCGAAUCGAAAUCCAAAGGAAUGAUAAUGCUAGUGGUGUGGUGCAGCUAACCGCUGACAAGGUCACAGUGACUGAGCCGUACUUACGCGCUAUUGUUAACGCUACAAGAAAGGCUGGUGCGUUUGGCAAGAUUGUAAUCAAAUUGGCUGUKAUCCCCGGCACAGCCGUAUCGUCUGAUUACCGCAUCGUGUAUAAUAAYGUAACAUUCCAAGAUGGUCAGACGACUGCCGUKGUACCGGUUGAGAUAGUCAACGACAACGUUCCCGAAAAGAUYGAGUCCUUUACAAUCAAGUUAUUGGAAUCUGGCAUUCAGGGGGGUGCAUUACUUGGAUAUCCGAGUGAAUGUACUGUCACAAUURAUGAGAAUGAUUAUCCAUAUGGACUCAUAGGUUUUGGUACUAACUCCAUUAGUAUAGAGGCUCAGGAGCCUUCUAGGGCUCGACUAAAAGUCACCCGUACAUUUGGUACCGAGGGCGCUAAUACAGUACACUGGGUAGCCACCUACAAAGGAAUGUCCCCGAAUGAUGACAUAACGCCCACUAGUGGAGACCUUGUGUUCCCUGCRGGGUCUGACUCACAAUACAGAGAAAAGAUAAUUGAGAUUGACAUAAAACCUGAYAACAUACCAGAGAUCCCUGAGGUCAUUCAGAUCACUCUAACAAACGUCACAUCCGGUAAAGCUGUCAUUGAUGCGCAUGCYCACCAAGCUAACCUAACCAUUGCUGCCAAUGAUGACCCACAUGGUGUAGUGGAGUUUUCAAAGAGUAGCUACAUCGCCAUCGAGGGUAAACAAGCUGUCACGUUGGCAUAUCUUGAAGUGAAACGAAACGAAGGUAGUUUUGGUAACGUGCGUCUAUAUUACAGCACUAAACAGAUCCCAGGGUCAAAUAUCUCAAGCCAAGACUUCAACUCCGUAUCGAAUGGCUCAAUAACGAUUCCAGAGGGRCAAACGACGGCAAAUAUAACAAUUGGCAUUCUAAACGACACUAUUCCAGAAUUGCACGAGAUGUUUUCAGUUGUUCUUGAGUCUGUGGUUCUAGUGGGUCAAUCCACAAAGUUUCCACCAAGAUUAGGUGCUUUAAGAGAGGCCAAUGUGACCAUAUUCUCAAACGAUGAUGCGAACGGUCGGUUUAUAAUCAGAGCGGUAAAUCCGGACCCUGAUACUGGUGGUGUGGUGAAGACCGUUGCAGAGGCACCAACGAGUGUUAGCUUUGACGUAAUAAGAACUGGAGGCACCAUUGGAUUUGUAACAGUUAAGUGGAACAUUGACUCCUCUAGCAAUGCUACUGCUGACCCAAAAGAGCCGGACUUUCAAGGAGAUGGAGGAACAUUUGACUUUCCUCCAGGCGUUACCAAGCAAACUGGCGUUCUUAAGAUCUUACAAGAUGAUAUUCCAGAGACCGAUGAAACUAUAGUCAUAACACUGACUAAUCCUACAAAUGGUGCAACGGUAGCAAAAGGUCUUGGCAGUAAUCUCACUAUUAUUAUAAGCGCUAACGACAAAGUUGCUGGUCUGGUUGGGUUCAGUAAAUCGUCUCAGUCYGUAGUCACUAAAGAAGGAGCCACAGUUCAAUUAUCUGUUGAGAGGUCAAGCCCUGCUGCUGGUAUGGUGAGAGUGUUGUGGACUAUCCAUGGGAAAAACGCGUCCAAUGACUUYACGCCAUCCUUUGGUCACGUGAUGUUCUCUCAGGGACAAACGAAGGCAAACAUUUCAUUCCAAGUUCGCUCCGAUAAAAAGCCAGAACCAAACGAACUCUUCACUGUAACACURACAAAYAUYACGACCUUCGAAAUCGCCGCAUCAGGCGCCGCCGAGUUGAUUCCAGACCAGGUAUCRGCAACGCUGUCUGUACAAGCGAGUGACGAGCCUCAUGGCRUAAUCGAAUUCCAAUCUGGAUCACGUGACUUGACUACUGAUGAGGCCAACAAAACARUCUCACUUGUAGURUCAAGACUUUAUGGGACUAUUGGCUCAAUAAGAGUUAAUUACGAAGUGAAGACUGGGAACAUUACGGCGCUCAAGCAGGGUCAGCGCCUCGCUUCGAACAAAGACUUCAAUGCAACUGUAGGAUCAAUUGUUAUUGGUGAUGGACAAAGCAGUGGUCAACUGCCAGUCCAAAUAAUCGAUGAAAGUGAUCCUGAAAUUGCCGAAGUAUUUAUUGUGAAUAUCACUAAAGUUGAACUCAUAAGUUCGCCUCACAAUACUAGUGGAAUGGCGCCAAAACUUGGGACACACCGAGCGGCGCAAGUGACUAUAAACAGUAAUGACAAUCCAAGAGGACUUCUUGGCUUUACGCAAACUAAAUAUUAUGUGAACGAAUCCAUUGGAACUUAUGACGUUAUCGUCGAAAGAACCCAAGGCACACUCGGUACUCUUACCGUCCAGUACUACAUCAAGGGCAACACUGCUAUCGAAGGAACCGAUUUUGUCGUACYUGCCAACACCGGCGGCGAUGAAACAUUAACAUUCAAAGAUGGCGAACGAACAAAGAACAUUACUAUCAAUAUAAAAGACGAUAAAAUCCCUGAAGAUGAUAAACUAUUUCGCAUUCACUUAAAAAAGACAGAAGACAACACGUUGCGAAGUGGCUUCACUGUUGCCGAAGUAAUUAUUCUUCACAACGACGACGGACGUGGAGUCUUCAGCUUUGAAACUACCACGAAAACCAUCUCAGAACCUGGAAAUGGCGCCAUAACGAGCGCUACUUUCAAAGUUGUUCGUAAAAUUGCAAGCCUUGGAAAGGUCGUUGUUGGUUGGAGAAUUCUGAAUGGUUCGGCUUCAAGCGAUGUUAGUCCCACAAGUGGUAAUUUAACUUUCAAUCCAAACGAUGCCGAGGAGAGUUUUACUAUUACCAGUUUACUGGACUCAACACCGGAAAAAGAUGAGAGAUUUACCAUAGGUUUAUCCAUUGUUUCAAGCACGGGAGGAAGAAUAGAAUCGCCAUCCAUCGCUACACUGACGAUAGCCGAAAACGACUAUCCUUAUGGCGAGUUAGAAAUCCUAGGAAUGCCAUCGCUGUCUUCUUCAAUAAGUCUCGAAGAAAAYAUCGGCACCUUUAAAGCAAARGUCAGRCGCACCAAAGGCAACUUUGGUCGAAUAUCAGUGAGCUAUGAGACGGUCCAGGGCUCUGCGAAGUCUCCAAAAGGUGAUAUGGUCUAUUUUGAGACAAUACAGGGACUUAAAACCAACACCACAGUACAAGCUAUAAACUCUGGAUUCCCAGUGGUCAUUGCGGACCCUGUUGCUGGCGACGUCCAGGUUAUUGUUGCUGCAAUGUCUGGGUCAGCGGUGUCUCCAGUAUUGAGUCCUGUUAAACUUUCUUUAAGUGCCGACUAUGUUCCAAGAAAAGGUCAACUGAUAUUCGAAAACGGGCAAACAGAAAUCGAGCUCGACUUUACUAUCCUGCAAGACAAUACACCCGAAACAGACGAAUCCUUUUCCAUUGCGUUAAGAAAUGCCACAGGCAAGGCUGUGAUUGGCUCAAAAAGUUACCUGACCGUGACAAUACUGUCCAAUGACAAUGCGCAUGGAAGAAUAGGCUUCAGUGAUGAUUCACUCAAGUUGACUCAAGUCGAAGACAAUACAGUUGUUAAUUUUGAAGUUGUUCGCGAAUAUGGUCAGUCUGGUCGAGUCGUUGUUUUGUGGAAUGCUACGGGAGAUUACAGAGAAGGACAGAUCUCGCCAGUUUCUGGCGCUCUGGUAUUUGAUGGUAGAGAAUCKAAGCAAAACAUAUCGAUUCGCUUACAGGAYGAUCAUGUUCCUGAACUGGACAAAGUUAUUAAAAUACGKCUACUCACACUAAACGAAACUGGCUCAUYGCAACCAGGACGUGGCGCCGUCAUAAAYACGGCACGUGCCUUAGCAACGCUCACUAUCCCUGGAAACGACGAUCCCUAUGGCGUCAUUAGCUGGUUMAACACAUAUUACCUCUCACAAGCAUCCACAGUAAUAAACAAAACUGUUACCUUGACAAUAACACGAACUCGAGGCAUGAUUGGCGGCGUGUUGGUUGCUUACCAGACACAAGCGCCAGCGGGACCGCUGCAUAGCAAUGAGCAGUCAGCAGUCGUUGGAGUUGAUUAUGUGUCCAAAAGAGGUCAAGUGACAAUGGCUGCUGGUGUAAAUAGUACUGACAUUGAAAUUGAAAUCAUGCAUAAUCAUCGUAYUUCCAUCAACAAACUUUUUGUCAUCAACAUCACCGCAGUCACUCUACAACCGGGUUCUCCACCAUCACCUCUAGUCACCAAUUCCCCCCGUAUCAACACAAAGGCCAGGUUACUCGAAGUCGUUAUYUCUCAAAAUAACCAAUCACUAGGCGAGAUCAACUUCAACAUCUCAUCCAUGAGAUUACAARCAACUGAAGGAUCGACUAUCACGCUCACGCUUGUCCGAAAUGGUAGCRUGACGGGUCGUGUUGGAUUGCGUUACGUCGUACGACCAUCACUGAGUAAUUCCGUGACGCCUGCCUCAAGCUCUGACUACACCCCUGAAAAUGGCACUGUGUAUUUUGAAGACAAUCAGACAACGAGAUAUAUCAGUAUAAAUGUGGUUAAGGAUGGGACGCCUGAGUUGGCUGAGGAGUUUCAUGUGGCAAUCGUUAGUCCUAUCAAUGGAGUUGGAAUAGGAAGAAAACGACGCGUAGAUGUAGAGAUCAAGCCUAAUGAUGAUCCUCAAGGGGUGUUUGGCUUCAAAGUUUCGCCUCUGCAAUCGAAUAUUGUAGAAGAAGGUAGUUCUAUUCGUCUCGAGGUCGUCAGAGGAGCUGGUUCAUAUGGUCAAGUCGAUGUCACGUGGCGUUUAGAACACAAUACGUCACAACUAACCCCUUAUAAUGGCACCUUGACSUUCAAAGAGGGAGUUCGGUCUCAGUUUAUUGAGCUGUUUGCGGUUAACGACGACAUACCCGAGGCAGCACAGCAGUUUGACUGCCUCCUCGUUGCUGUAAAUAAUAAUGCUAAAAUUAACACAUCGCGCAAUCGAGCCGCUGUUGUGAUAAAAGAGAAUGAUAACCCGCAAGGCGUGAUAUCCAUCGACCCUUCGACUACAAGAUUGUUUGUAGGAGAACCCAAUAAUCAAGGAUAUGAUGGUGUAUUUGUAAUAAGGAUYCUYCGUAAAAUAGGCCAGAUUGGMAAGGCCUCGGUCUCRUGGAAGAUCACYAGAAUUACCUCCUCUGCSUCMACAGCAAGCAMGACAUUUAACGCAUCUUCUGGGAAUAUUGAAUUCACCGAAGGAGUCAAAGARAUCCCCGUCUAUCUMCAGGUCAAACAAGACCAAAACCCYGAGGAGUUUGCCUCCUACCUGUUCAAAAUAGAUGGUAGAAAAGGAAUAGAUGAUAAUUCUACUGGGAUCCUUGAAGCCACAAUCGAUGUCGCGGCUAGUGAUUCCCCGUAUGGGCUUAUCGACUUCAAUUCCCCUCAGUCAUAUAACGUUUCAGAGGAUAUUGGAUUUGUGAAUUUGACAAUAAUUAGAAAUCAGGGAGAUAUAGGACAUCUGAAAGUCAAUUUGACGUUAUCUGGAUCAGCUUCCGAAGGAACGGACUUUGCCAUUUCAAAUACUCAUCUUGAUUUCUCUGAUAAAGAACGGCAGAAAAAAGUCUCCAUCCAAAUAUUCAACGACGAAGGCCCCGAACUURCAGAGACAAUUGGCGUUCGUAUUCAAAGUGUCGAACUGGUCCCAACGCGUGUYAUGAACUAUACYAUUAUSAAUGGCCUUCAGYCAGACGAACCRCCAAAAGUUGGAAGUCAAAAUGCCGUUACGAUCAAUAUACUAAAGAACGACAAUGCUCACGGCGUGAUUCAGUUUAUAGACACCAGCAAAACUAUCCACGAAGAGGAUAAACGUGUCGUGUUGAUGUUAGAGAGGAAAGGAGGUACCUUAGGAACAGUAGAAGUUUUCUUCGACGUUCACAAUGGAACAGCAACCUUCGGGAAAGACUAUGGCACUUCCAAGGGAUCAGUUAUCUUUACUGAAAAUCAAAAAGAUGCCAAUAUAACAAUACCAAUCAUCGAUGAUUCAGACCCAGAACAGCAAGAAACUUUCAUGGUUACCUUAAAAUCAGUUACAGGUGGAGCUUCUCUUGGUACAAAGAAGUCAGCGAAUGUUAUCAUUGUUAUAAGUGACAACCCAAGUGGUCUUCUGGGAUUUGUCAACGCUACWGAGCUAGUGCUACCCAAUCCCAAUGUAACACAGUCGUUGACGUUUGGUGUUGCUAGAAAUGGUGGAGCGCAAGGGGCAAUCACGGUCAAAUGGCAACUUAUGCGAGUGAAGCCUACCGAUGGCAACCUGUCAUUAGAUUUCUUCCCGAAAUAUCGUGACACRMUGAGCUACRAAAACGGCGAUAAAGCAACGCAAUUUCUUACCAUCAGACUGGACGCUUAUCAAGGUCCGGARCCGGAAGAAAUAUACCGCAUAAAGCUGCACGAUGCUACUGGUGGAGCUGACAUUGAUGUGUUGASGUCAAAUAUCACCAUCACAGUGCUGAAGUACGGUUUCCCUAACGGAAUCUUCAAAUUUAAAGACACUUCGCACAGAACUAUCGAUGAACCGGACACUGGCAAGACAMRUACGUUGCCAYUWWCUAUCGAGAGGACGAUAGGMUUUGAAGGAGAUGUCAAGGUUUAUUGGAAAGCCAUUGGGGCUAGUACUCAGGACCUUGUACRAACAGAGGGCGAGCUAUUAUUCAAAGCUGGASAAAAGUUGCUCAAYCUUGAYGUAGUUGUCAAGGGUGAUGAUGUUCCUGAAUUAAGCGAAAACUUUACCAUCAUGCUCUACAAGGUGGAUGGCGGAGGAGAUCUGGAUACSAGAGGACAAAACGUCACGGUGACCAUACGAGCCAACGACGAUCCCCAUGGAGUCUUCAAACUCAAAUCCGGUGCUCAAAGUCUUGAAGUUGAUGUUGCUCUUUCAAGGACGCUACAAUUCACUGUACAGCGUGACCAAGGGACCUUUGGUGACGUGACAGUCGAUUACAGCGUGACUUAUAGCUCAUGGUAUCCCGCUGAYCUGUCAGGAUCGCUUACAGUUUCGGCAGGAGCUAAGGAGUUUACAAAGAAAAUAUCUCUGUCAAAGUCGGCAUUUUUAGACGUCAACUCGCGCUUCCUCGUYACAUUGACGCGUGUGAAAUACAUGAGUGGAAAUCCUGCAGUGGUAUCGAGUCCCAAACUAGCCUCUUCAUCUGUGAGCGAAGCGGUGAACGUCCCUGAUUCCGCAGCAAACGCUGUUCUUCGUUUUGCUGACAAUUCGCUGAAACUUGCUGUAGCUUCAGAUAAUAYGGCUACAAUCACGGUACUGCGUCAAGGUUUCUAUGGUGACGUUUCGGUCACGUGGAAAAUGGGUUAUCCAACGGAUGCUGCUCCAUCGGGCUAUACUGCUGGUCAGAUUGAGCCUGCUACAGGAUCUUUGGUGUUUAAUGGGAAAACAAACAACAAAACSUUUACUGUUAAGGCCAACCCAGUGACGCCUGAUCGUAAACUGGUUUACGCCGUUCACUUAUCGAAAACAACAACGUCAUCCAACGUAGCAGCGAAUAUUACCAGUGGACCAAAGCGCACGGCAGUUAUUGAAUACAGCGGCGUAAUUGAAAUCGCCCCCGAUGCGCUGUCGUUGGUUGUCACUGAGGGAAGCAAGGUUUCCUGUCGAGUUGUUCGUUUGUUCAGUAUUUUUGGUUCCGUCCGUGUGACCUACAAUGCCCUKGGCACUAGUGGUUCUUUCAAUAUGGCCGACGGAGAAUUCAGCAAAUCGUUYGAUGUGACAGCGCCUGAUAAUAACAACCCUGAAAAUGACUAUACGUUAUUYAUCAAUAUCACCCAAGUUACUGGAUCUGAUACUCCACGACUUGGCGACAAAACCGUCUCCACUGUAACCGUCAAAGACAACGAUAACGCYAACGGAAUAAUUAGCUUCAAAACCAAAACACUUAAAGUACCUGAAAACGUAACGUUAGCAGUUACGCACAAGGUAUCACUAGAGUUGCAGAGGACUGGAGGGACGUUAGGAACAGUGUCGGUGAUUGUYCGUACCGUGGGUGGUGGAGAACCCUGGGAUAGGAUGGCAAGUCCACAGACAUUGGUGGAUAUUCUGGAUAAGAGAGCAAARGAUGGCAGCGCUUCAGUAGGGAAAGAUUAUGAUCAACUAUUGGAGACUGUUUCAUUUGGGCCUGGUGUCUCCUCCAAGUCAGUGCAGCUUACCAUCCGCGACGAUGAUGUCCCAGAACCUGAUGAAACUGUUUACGUCUACCUCGCCAACGUYACUGGCGGAGCAGUACUGGGUACCACUGAAAGCUUACAGUCAUGGUCGGUAGUAACUAUCGAAGGCAAUGAUUUGAUGAAUGGUCAGGUGGGAUAUGUUGCAGGCUCCACUACGGCCACAAUAGAYGAAGAYGGAUCUGCAUCAGCAACACUGUCAAUUGAAAGAAUGGGUGCAAACUUUGGCUCUGUAACUGUUGUUUGGCGUGUACGAGAACCAAGCAAACGAAGCCAGUUACUWGAAUACGAAGGAACAGCAGUGUUCAAACCGGGUGUCAAAGAGGCAACCUUUACUAUUCGACUUCGCAAUGAUAAGAUACCAGAAUUCAAAGACACCUUUCAUGUUGACCUUGUCGAGUUACAAAAUACACAACAGGCGAGAAUCGACCCAKSUGCAAGCUCUGCUGUGAUCACUGUGUUAGAUAGUGACUUUCCUUACGGRAARSUUGGAUUUGCACCCAGCGCUCUAUACACUGCUGUCAAUCUUAAAACAACACAAGUCUCAUUGGAGGUUCUACGUAGCUAUGGCAACACGACUGACAUCACUGUGACGUACAUGACCGAAAUGUUACCGCUGAAGUCUACUCAGCUUGGUAUCGCUACAUCACGUGCGGUAGUGGGUCAAGACUACAAACUGCCAACAGUCACAACAUUGAAACUCAAUAAAGGAGAAACGUCAGGCAAGAUGACUUUGACGCUAACGCCGGAGACGCCUUCACCAAACAACAUGUAUCCCAAGGCCUUCAAAGUUAAAAUUAUCAACGUAACAAACAACGCUGUCAUCGACAGUGAAUCUAGUACAGCAACAAUUAUCAUUUCCAACGAUGAAGAUACCACAAGAUUCUUGUCCUUGAGGGCUUCCUCGCGUUUAUCGCCCUUAACAGACGAAGCUAUCAACAAUAUUCUCGCCGACUUAAAGAUUUACGUCAAAAAGCCGCUAAACGGUGAUCGCAAAACACURACAAAGGAUACCAUCACAAAUGUCUUGAAGGAGAAGAAAAGCAGACCUUUGCUAUCGGCCAGAAAGUUGCAAGACAUAUCAAAGACGACUCUAAUGGAUAUCUUUGAUGAGUUACUCGAUCCGUCUAGAAGUGACACGAAGGGAAGCACUGAAUUUGCCAACCUGUUUGACAUGUUUGCUUUCUCUCUGGCUUAUGGCGAGACCUGUCCAGCUACRAACCCKCUUGGAGUAAAAGGCAAAUACGCUUAUGUCACAGCCUACAGAAAGACUCUCAAUUCGCUGAAUGGACUUCAGAUAAACUCAUUUACUUCAGACAAGCAUUUCUUCUCAUAUCCCUCCAACAUGUUCAUCGGMCUAGACAACAAACAGCAGUCUGAUUGCAACGACGUCCAUUUUAUUGAGUAUCACAACUCUCAUUGGUUCUCGGGAUCUGUKCUCAGUGAYAAGGUUCUUUCUACAUCAUUGAAUGAUUCCUCCACAAUAAACAAAAAUACCAUGUACCCAUACACGUACCGUAUCUACACUGGAAAAAAGAGAGUUACUCCUAAAGGAGCCAGCUGUGUUUAUUGGGACUUUACCAAGAAGGAAUGGUCAACAUCAGGUUGCAGUGUAAAGAGUGACAAGGAAGAUUACGUCGAGUGCCAGUGUAAUCACAUGUCAAACUUUGCUUCUCGAGGACAAAGCGACGAUCGCGUCGGGUAUUCUACUUAUUUCUUUGCUGCUUGCUUCGUUUGUUUGGGUGCCUUCGCUCUUGCCUUGUUAUCCCAUCACGCAUGCUCUGUUGAUAAUCUCUUCUCAGCUAAGUUGCUGAUGCACAUGUUUUUCGCGUGCAUGGCUGCACAUCUUAUGUACGUUGUUGGGGCCUAUGUGAGUUCAAGCCAGGCUGUCAUCACUGAAGACCCAGCAGUGCGAUGCUCCGUCCUUGGGAUGUUUAUCCAUUAUUUCUUUUUGUGYCAGUUUUCUUGGAUGUUUAUUCAGGGAUGGAAUCUUUGGCGGAUAUUAGUUCUGAACGACGAGCACACAGACAGAAAAUACGUUCUKUUCUUCGUCCUUGGUUGGGGGAUGCCUGUGGUGGCCAUUGUAUUAUAUAUCAUCAUUACUCAAGCCGCUUUCUCRUGGAGUCUUCAUGAUAUGUAUGGCGAUGUCCAUAAGAACGGAGAUAUGUGCUUCAUUCCCAAUGCGUACGCUGCUCUCGCUUCAGUAGUAGCACCCACCCUCCUUUUCCUGAUGGGCGUGGCUGUGGUGUUUACACAAGCCUAUCAAGUCACCAUGCAGUGGCGAUACUAUGAUGAUAUAUAUAGAGGACACUACAAUUUUUUAGAGGUGCGUCAUGUCAUCUUACUAUUCAUUCUUGUAUCGAUCACUUGGUUAUUCGCUGGUCUUCACCUCGCUUAUGGCUACCUGUGGAUGGUCAUUCURUUCGCUAUCUUUGAUGUUAUGUUGGGYCUGUAUGUAUUUAUACUGUACUUUAUCUUACGAAAUCAAGUCCGGGGGGUCUUCAAGAGAACUUAUGCAUUCCAGGGGGAACCACCACCCAUCCAUACACACGACGACUUCUUCAGAGGAAAYCUGGGAACCGAUUCCAGUGGCUCCAGGCGAUUCAAAAGACCAUCUCCCGAAGUCCCGAGCGACUGGGACGAUAUCGACAACACCCCAAGAAGUAAUCGAAAGCUAAUGAUAAAUAUGGACGACACCGGAUCUCUAGGACAAAUGAACGAAAACUUUGAAGAUGACAUAGAAACACAGGACUUUGACGAUUUGAUUUUUGCUCUGAAAACUGGAGGUCAUUUCGAUCCGAGCGAAGAGGAGAAACCAUCGUUUGAUCAGCAAGAACAUUUUGAACUUCGUAGGAUUUCUAUCCCAGAUACACACCUUUGAGACUUCAAUUGAAGUGUGAUUUAAUCGUUUUUUAAAACCCGUGAACCAAUGGUUUUUCAUAUAGUUAUUGUUUCAAGGGUUUUCGACGAGCCCACUCUAUGGACAUUGUUGAGAAUCAACUUGAAUCUGUUGUCUUCAUUAACCGAGCAUUUCAUUUCAAGUGUCCAUACCUAGCGCUUUCACUUAUGGACGCUUAUAUUACAAGAGACUGCGUUCUAGGGUCAUUACAUUAUAACUUCAUUAAUGACCUAGUCUCCUUCCCAGCCUCUCCUUUUCUCGAAAAGGGACAGGAAUCCCGAUAAGAGGAGAAUUCUGCAGAAAACUAGUUACGACCUAUCAAUAUUACAAAUAACACUUCGCUCCUUCCUAGAUAUUAAAAACUGAAAAACAAAUUGUAUUUUUAAAACAAAAUUACACAUUCAUUUGGGUACGCAUAGCUCCCUUGUACAGCUUUGUAAAUUUGUUGCAAUAGUUAUAGURUUACAAUUCUGAUUAUUUAAUACUGAUGUAAGUGUGAUAUAAAAAUCUUUAUUAAAGGUAUUGUUCAAUUCGUUA